GAUGGCCACUAUGGAAGACUUCUUAGAUUUACUAAAGAAGUUACUAGAAUUUGAUCCCGCUUUACGAAUUACAGCUAGCCAAUGUUUGCAACAUCCGUUUUUAAGAGACUUUUAAUUUAAUAUUAAUGACAUUCUUAAGUAGGACCUCUAAUAUCAAUGA